GUGUGCUUGCCAAGGGCAGCAGGUGUGAUUUCAAAGGGCCACAUGUCUGCUUUCCAAGGGCUGCAGGUGUGCUUGCAAAAGACUGCAUAUUUGACCUGCCUGAUUUACAGUAUAUUCCUGAAAAGAAAAUACGUCAAGAUAUACAAAGUACUGCUGAGCAGACAAGCAUAAAGAUAGAUAAAGCAAUCAUACAUUCUUGGUUCUUAUGA